CAAGCAGAACACUUCUCAAGGGCGUCGCGUGUUCCACCGAACGAAAGUCAACAUGGCGUCGUUGAGUCGUCUCCACAACAUUUGCUCUUUAACAAGAAUUUUAUCAAAUUCUGGUAGAUUUAGCACUGUGACAGCGCGUCGUUGGAUCUCCAAGUCCGAAGGCAAACAAGACUCUGCCCCGGCGAAGCAUGGCUCGUCGGCUGCCAGCGGCAGCACCGUGCCCAAGAUCUGGGUGUCAUACGGGUUCAGCCAGACCAACUACUAUGAAGAUCGCCUUUUGACGCACUUAUUCAUGUUUCUGGGCAUCUCCUGGGCCAUAAUGGGCUCGUGCUGGAUCAUUUACUACUACCCGGACAUGAACAAGCACGAAUGGUACCGUCGUGAGGCCUUCCUGGAACUGCGUAGGAGAGAGGCCGCUGGGCUGCCCCUUGUGGAUCCCAACUAUGUUCCUCCUAGCCAAAUUAAACUGCCAUCUGAUGAAGAACUAGGACCUUAUGAAAUUAUCAUUUAGGCUGUUACAUUAUUAAGAAAUUUUAAUCAUCAAUUUGUAGUCUGAAUGGAUGCGGCUGCUUACGAACUUGUCAUGACCAUCUCACUGUAAUACCUGCUGACCUGCGUUUCGUUGUACAUGAUGUUGGCCUGCUUUUAAAAUGUAAGUGUCUCGCUGGGGUCUUUACUCUGACGAACAAAUUUGAGACACCUCCUGUCUGAAAAUCCCAUGGAAUUAUAAUGAGCUGUCAUAUUCAAAGACAAAGUUUCCUGGUAGUGCACAGUAGUUCCAUUGCACACUGUUUUAAUUACGUUCACAAAAUACUAAGUUUGGUCUCAGCUGUGAUUCAAUUGAAGUUUCUGCCUAAAAUGUUAAGUGUUAGUAAUUUGAGUGGAAGACAACAACUUCAGGUGCUUAAUGGAAUUACUCUUAUACUUCAUGGUUUGUUUAAUGCUGAUUUACCAUUCUUGUUAUUGAAGUUAUUUUGUUCUAGUAGAAAUUUUGUACGAGAUUCUUCAAGGAAUAUGAUGUACCGGCCUUUUUUACCUCAUUUUUGCAAACCAAGGUAUUUGGAAUUAUGAGUGGUUUGCCGUUUCUGAUGCAGCUUUUGUUAGAAGUUCCAUGAGUUUUGUACAAGAGAAAAUAUUUCUCUUUUAAAUACAAAGUGUUUGUUUUGGUUAUUGUUUGUGGUGAUGUCAGCAUCAAUGGCAGUUCAAUUGAGUCAAAGAAAAAAACUUGUACAUACAACUGUCAAUAAAAUGUACAAAAUGUUUCA